AUGGGCCUGAAGGUGACUUCAAUCAAGAUCGACCCUUAUAUCAACGUCGAUGCGGGCACUAUGAACCCCAAGGAGCACGGCGAGGUCUACGUUCUGGAUGACGGCGGUGAGGCGGACCUGGACCUUGGGAACUACGAGCGCUACCUCAACAUCACCCUUUCACGCUCCAACAACAUCACUCUUGGUAAGAUCUAUCAACGGGUGAUUGAGAAGGAGAGGCGCGGCGACUACCUCGGCAAGACAGUUCAAGUGGUGCCGCAUGUAACUGGCGAGAUCGAGAAAUGGAUUAAGGAUGUUGCAAAGGCACCCGUCGAUGACACCGGCGAGGAGCCGGAUGUGUGCAUCAUCGAGCUCGGAGGCACGAUCGGCGACAUCGAGGGCAUGGCGUUCGUCGAGGCACUUACCGAGCUUAGGCGGAAUUGCGCCAGAGAGGAUUUCAUGCAGAUCCAUGUCUCUUACAUUCCGGUGGUGCACGGAGAGCAGAAGUCGAAGCCCACACAGAUGGCCAUCAAGGCGGUACGAAGCGCUGGUCUGAUCCCGGAUUUGAUCGCUUGUCGUUGCGAGUGGCCGCUGGAGAAGGGCACGACCGACAAGAUUGCGCGCUUCUGUCAAGUGCCUGAUGGCCACGUUCUUGCCGUCCGAGAUAUGCCAUCAACAUACCAAGUACCCAUGCUUCUGGACGAACAAAACCUCAACGAGCUUAUGACUUCGACUCUCCAACUCGACCGGAUUCCGCGCUCGGCAGAAUUAUUAGAGAAAGGAGCCCGCAUAUGGCAGCACUGGAAGCGGCUGGCAAUUGAUAUCGAGUACGCGCGUGAGGAGGUCGAGAUUGUGCUCGUCGGCAAGUAUCUGGAGCAGCCCGACUCCUACCUCUCGGUCAUCAGAUCUCUCGAGCAUGCUUCGAUGUGGUGUGGUCGGAAGCUCAAGGUGAAGUAUGUGGACGCGGAAGCGCUCGAACCGGCGAUGAAAACGAAGGAUGGAGCAGCCCACUUCAGCGCCUGGCGGGAUCUUGUCACAGCGCAAGGUAUUCUUGUUCCUGGCGGAUUUGGCACUCGAGGCACCGAAGGAAUGAUUGCAGCCGCCAGACAUGCUCGCGAAAACAAGAUACCGUAUCUCGGAAUCUGCUUAGGCAUGCAGAUCGCCGUGGUCGAAUUUGCGAGAGACAUUUGCCAAAUCCCACUGCCACAGGCUACAUCAUACGAAUUCGACGGCACCGAUGACGACCGCUUGAUCAUCGUCAUGCUGGAGCAUCAUCCUGGUCAGCUCGGUGGGACGAUGCGACUUGGUCUGAGACCGACCUACUGGCAGCCUGACACCGAGUGGAGUAAGCUGCGUGCUCUUUACGGCCUGAAGAAUGAGAGCAUCAACGAGCGGCACCGUCAUCGCUACGAAGUCAAUCCGAAGUACAUUGAGCAACUCCACGACGCGGGUCUCACUUUCAUCGGCAAGGACGAGAAGGGUGAACGUAUGGAGAUCAUCGAGCUAAAGGACCAUCCAUGGUUCGUGGGCGUUCAGUUCCACCCAGAGUACAUCUCGCGAGUCCUCCAGCCCAGCAAGCCGUAUUUGGGAUUCAUCGCGGCUUCUGCGGGAAUACUAGAUCAGGUUACGAACGGUGAGAAGGGACUCAAUGGGGGCUACAAAGGGUUGAACGGAGUCUCAAGCAUAGCUACUGGGCUGGUCAACGGGGAGAGCGCGGCGUUUUGA